CCAGGGGGAGGUGCCGCCUGGCCCGCUGCCCGAGGCCGUGCUCGCCCUAUACAACAGCACCCGCGACCGGGUGGCCGGGGAGAGCGCCGAGCCGGAGCCCGAGCCCGAGGCGGACUACUACGCCAAGGAGGUCACCCGCGUGCUAAUGGUGGAAAACGGCAACCAGAUCUAUGACAAUAUCAAGCGCAGUCCCCACAGCAUAUACAUGCUCUUUAACACGUCAGAGCUCCGAGAAGCGGUGCCCGACCCUCUGUUGCUCUCCCGGGCAGAGCUGCGCCUACUGAGGCUCAAGUUAAAGGUGGAGCAGCACGUAGAACUGUACCAGAAAUACAGCAACAAUUCCUGGCGCUACCUCAGCAACCGACUGCUGGCCCCCAGCGACUCGCCAGAGUGGUUGUCCUUUGACGUCACUGGAGUUGUGCGGCAGUGGUUAAGUCGCAGAGAGGGAAUAGAGGGCUUUCGCCUCAGCGCCCACUGCUCCUGUGACAACAAAGACAACACGCUCCAAGUGGACAUCAACGGGUUCAGUUCCAGCCGCCGGGGUGACCUGGCCACCAUUCAUGGCAUGAACCGACCCUUCCUACUCCUCAUGGCUACCCCUCUGGAGAGGGCCCAGCACCUGCACAGCCCCCGACACCGCCGAGCCCUGGACACCAACUACUGCUUCAGCUCCACAGAGAAGAACUGCUGCGUGCGACAGCUGUACAUCGACUUCCGCAAGGACCUGGGCUGGAAGUGGAUCCACGAGCCCAAAGGCUACCAUGCCAACUUCUGCCUGGGGCCCUGCCCCUACAUCUGGAGCCUGGACACGCAGUACAGCAAGGUCCUGGCCCUGUACAAUCAGCACAACCCCGGCGCGUCGGCGGCGCCCUGCUGCGUGCCCCAGGCGCUGGAGCCGCUGCCCA